UGACAAGUUUACCAACUGUAAAAAGAGCCCAAGUUGUUUUUGGUGCUCUGAAAAGUUUGGCAUAAGGUGUCAACCACCAAUAUUGCAGGCAGCUGAGGAUGCGGAGUCUUCAGGACGGCCCAGGAGUCCAAGGAUUUAAAGUUUUCUGCAGUAAAAACCUGACUUACAAAUUCGGAAGAAUGGACAAAACGUGCUAGGCACUUUACAAAAAGGUAUAGAGUUUAAGUAUCACAAAAUCUCAAAAUGAGCGACAUCAAUAAAGAGGCCAUCGAGAGGAAUAUGGAGCAAUCUAUGAAGGAUAAUCAACAAGACCUACAUCAGCUUAACUCUAGCAAUCCUAUUUAUGUUCCGAGAGGAAGAGGCUUCAGAAGAUUAACAUCCCAACAAUCUCAAAACAUGGAUUUAUCCUUUUCGCGGCCGGGGUCGGCCAUGUCUACGUCUUCACUAAAGUCUGCUAUAGAGAGACUCAAAGAAGUAACCACAAGGUUGACUGAAAAACUAAAUCUCCAGAACAAUCACCGGCAUAAAACGGGGAUGCCUGAGAGGGAAUUCUCGCGAGUCAACAAAAGUAAUAAAAGAGAUCACUCAGGCUCACUGGAAACUAGUAAAAAUCUUCCUUCACCUGCGAGCAGGGACAGAAAGAAAAGGAAAAACUCUACUUCAGCUUACUAACAAGGUAACAUCUCACGUUAUAAUAACAAUAAUAACAUUAUUACAGGAGGAAAAGAUCAAAAUUCCGCAAGUACAAGGUCAGGCGGACUACUAAGAGAACAACGCAACACACUACAUGAUC